CGAAAUGCUUGACUGGUUAACUGGACACAGCAAACCAUUACGCGUCAAGGUGUCUACAAUGGAAGCUGAUUUGAAUGCUAUUAGUAUGGACAGAGAUGCUUUAGGACAAGAUUUAUUUGACACAGUCUGUAAAAUUAUUGGACUACGAGAAGUUUGGUAUUUUGGACUUUGCUUUACAAAUAGGAAAGGUUAUACUUGUUGGUUACAACUUGAUAAAAAGAGAUCAUUCUAUGCCUAAACAAUCAGAUGGUUCAUUGCAUUUCCUUUUUCUUGUUAAGUUUUUUCCAGAGUCUGUAAAGACUGAAUUGAUUCAAGAUUUGACAAGGCAUCUUUUCUUC